CGAACUUCUCUAAAUCCAACUGUUGUGAAGUGAGAAAAACUACAUAGAUUUCUAGUACCCGGUGGUCACAGCCUGACAUAGAGCUUAACUGAGAUUUUUGUUAGUCAAACAUUAUUGAGCCUCAUUUGGCAUGGCUUUUAGUCAAUCACUCAAUCUAUAAGACAUAACCCAGUAAAAGUCUGAAUGCUCACUUACGCUAGGCUGAAGAUGUGGUUCUUUAGCUAUUGUAUGUAAGAAAAAUCCUAUGACACUUCAUAAGACAGAUUGUGUGUAUAUAGAGUUCAGCUAGACAUGUUAGGAUAGGAAGCAACAGUCAACACUGUAACACUGCUAUAUUUCAUGAUUAGAUGCCAGAACUAAUUUAGCAAGAUGUUGUAACCGGUGACCAAACAAAGAACUUCGUCGUAAUUGCAGCAAGCAUUCUUCUGAUUCUGCAAAAAAUAAGAUAUUGAGUGGAUGGGGCAUGCGCCAUGGUGGCUGCGGUAGGCAUGAUCUAGGCGGCGGCGGGGAAACUAGUCGUACCCAAAAGAAGAAGAAGACGAGAUGAACAAAACGAAGGGAUAUGCAGUUCGUCAAUGUAUUAUGGAAUAAUCUAGGGUGCCUUUUGCAUAGUUUCCAAUGCAAGCUGAGCCUACUAAAUCCUGGACCUUCAGUCUAGAUCGAACGCCCCACCUUGUCCUGGAUCAGGGGAUCAUAUGAGGCACCGUAUCACCAGAUAUGCACUCUAUAUACGAGAUGUGAUCGAUUAAAUAUAACAUCUUUUUAAUAUUAGUGGGUGAAACUUAUCCAUCAAUUAUUGUGGUUAUAAGUAAGAAAGAUACAAAAGUGUAGACGCCUGAAAAGUUGGGUAUCCUGUAGCGGGCGCGGCUACCUCAACCCUGGCUGGCAAGCCCCGUUCAAAUUUCGAAACCGCGGAUGCGUGAGAGGGAGAAACGAGGAAGGAUGCGAGAAAUGGUUAACGGAAGUUUACCCCCCUACCUGCGGCUGCGGACCUCACGAUGGGAGUUACCCAGUUUGCCCCUGCCGCCCGUCCUCGUCAGUGGCUGCCAAGUAAAUAGAGGUGCGUGGUCGUGGGCUCUCGUGUAAUCUGGCGGGGCGGGGUGGUUAUAAAACGCAGCCCCAAAAAACCAAAAGCAGACCAGAAAAAUAAAUACUCCCUACUCCAGAGAGAGAGAGAGAGAGAGACUGGUUUUGGAGAGAGAAAGCGAAGUGGGGAGAGAGAGAUAAGAAAAGGCAAACCCGUCCGUCGGCUAGAGCCAAGGGGAGAAGAAGGAAGCAGCAGGCGGCGGUGGCGGCGGCCAAACCCUAGUCUACGUGCUGCGCCGCUGAGGGAGGAGACACGCGUGCACCACCGGUCGGCGCCAGGAGCUGCAGAUCCGCGGCCGGGCCGCCGGAAUCGGGGGAGAUCCCGCCGGGAUGGGUCCGCUUGGGCUGUGACCUCGCUCCCGCUGCCCGUUUCGUCUCCGGGGUUUUCGUCCUGCUAGGGUUCUGAGCUGCUCGUUGGGUGUUUGGUGCGGUUUUUUCGGGGGGCGGUUGGGGCCCUGCGCUGGUUUCUACGGAGAUUUGGGAGGGGAUCUGCCGCCAAGGCGGGAGUCCUCCCUCGUCGUGAGCGCUGGAGACGCAGGGCGGGAUCGGGGGAGCCAUGUCGUCGCUCAGCAGGGAGCUGGUCUUCCUCAUCCUGCAGUUCCUCGACGAGGAAAAGUUCAAGGAGACGGUGCACAAGUUGGAGCAGGAAUCGGGCUUCUACUUCAACAUGAAGCACUUCGAGGACCUGGUCCAGGGUGGGGAGUGGGACGAGGUGGAGAGGUACCUCAGCGGCUUCACCAAGGUGGAGGACAACCGCUACUCCAUGAAGAUAUUCUUUGAGAUCCGCAAGCAGAAGUACCUUGAAGCCCUCGACAGGCAUGAUCGGGCCAAGGCAGUGGAGAUACUCGUCAAGGAUUUGAAGGUGUUUGCCUCCUUUAACGAGGAGCUGUUCAAGGAGAUAACGCAGCUGCUGACUCUGGAUAAUUUUAGGCAAAAUGAGCAGCUGUCCAAAUACGGGGAUACAAAGUCAGCCCGGAAUAUCAUGCUCAUGGAGCUUAAGAAGCUUAUCGAGGCAAACCCUCUGUUCCGAGACAAGCUUAAUUUCCCACCAUUUAAAGCCUCAAGACUGCGCACGUUGAUCAAUCAAAGUCUUAACUGGCAACAUCAGCUCUGCAAGAAUCCUAGACCAAACCCUGACAUAAAGACACUCUUCACGGAUCACUCCUGUGCAGCUCCUACCAAUGGAGCAAGAGCUCCCCCCCCUGCCAAUGGUCCUCUUGUUGGACCAAUCCCCAAGACAGCUGGAUUCCCUCCAAUGGGUGCUCAUGCUCCGUUUCAACCUGUGGUUUCACCAUCUCCAAAUGCAAUUGCUGGUUGGAUGACAAAUCCCAAUCCCUCCUUACCACAUCCUGCUAUUGCACAAGGGCCGCCCGGUCUUGUUCAGCCACCAAACACAGCGGCAUUUCUGAAGCAUCCAAGGACUCCUACAAGUGCGCCUGGCAUUGACUAUCAGUCUGCAGAUUCUGAACAUCUGAUGAAAAGAAUGCGUGUAGGCCAGCCAGAUGAGGUGUCAUUCUCUGGUGCAAGCCAUCCUCCCAAUGUUUACAGUCAAGAAGACCUCCCCAAACAAGUUGUUCGCACUCUCAAUCAGGGUUCUAAUGUUAUGAGCCUGGAUUUCCAUCCUGUUCAACAAACUAUUCUUCUAGUUGGAACAAAUGUUGGUGACAUCGGGAUAUGGGAAGUUGGUUCACGCGAAAGGAUAGCACACAAGACAUUUAAAGUUUGGGACAUUGGCUCCUGCACCUUGCCAUUGCAGGCUGCACUAAUGAAAGAUGCUGCAAUAUGUGUCAAUAGGUGUCUGUGGAGCCCUGAUGGAAAUAUUUUAGGUGUGGCAUUUUCAAAGCAUAUCGUUCAGACGUACACGUUUGUUCCUAAUGGAGAGUUAAGACAGCAAGCAGAGAUUGAUGCUCACAUUGGCGGGGUCAAUGACAUUGCAUUCUCUCACCCCAACAAGUCCCUAUCAAUUAUUACAUGUGGCGAUGACAAACUCAUUAAGGUAUGGGAUGCUCAGUCCGGACAAAAGCAAUACACAUUUGAAGGCCAUGAGGCUUCAGUGUACUCUGUUUGCCCUCACUACAAGGAGAACAUUCAGUUUAUCUUUUCUACCGCCAUCGAUGGAAAAAUCAAGGCAUGGUUAUACGACUGUUUGGGCUCACGGGUCGACUACGAUGCUCCUGGACAUUGGUGUACUACCAUGUCUUAUAGUGCUGAUGGUACAAGGCUCUUCUCUUGUGGAACUAGUAAAGACGGUGAUUCCCACUUGGUCGAGUGGAAUGAGACUGAAGGAGCUAUUAAGAGGACAUAUAAUGGCUUCAGGAAACGGUCACUGGGUGUUGUCCAGUUUGACACAACGAGAAACCAUUUUUUGGCUGCUGGAGAUGAAUUCGUUGUUAAAUUCUGGGAUAUGGAUAACACCAACAUACUGACAACAACAGACUGUGAGGGUGGACUGCCUGCAAGCCCGCGCCUGAGAUUCAAUAGGGAAGGGUCAUUGCUUGCUGUUACAGCAAACGAUAAUGGAAUAAAAAUAUUAGCGAACACCGAUGGGCAGCGUUUGCUGAGGAUGCUAGAGAGCAGGGCUUUUGAAGGCUCUCGUGGACCUCCUCAACAAAUUAAUACAAAGCCUCCACUGCUCACCAACCUUGGUUCUGCUUCAAAUGUAUCUAGUCCUAUAGCAGUGAACUCAGAGCGACCUGACAGGAUGUUGCCUGCAGUAUCAAUGAGUGGACUGGCAUCUAUGGAUGUUAGCAGAACGCCGGAUGUUAAACCAAGAAUAACUGAUGAAUCUGAAAAGCUGAAGACCUGGAAGUUGGCCGACAUUGUUGAUUCAGGACAUCUUCGGGCACGGCGUUGUCCAGAUACAGCAGCAUCUCCAACAAAAGUUGUCCGUUUGUUGUAUACAAAUAGUGGGGUUGCACUUUUGUCUCUCGGUUCCAAUGCUGUUCAUAAGCUGUGGAAAUGGCAACGCAGUGACAGGAAUCCUAAUGGCAAGUCUACUGCAUCUAUUUCGCCUCACCUGUGGCAACCAGCAAAUGGGAUUCUAAUGACAAAUGACACAAGUGACGGCAACCCAGAAGAAGCAACUGCCUGCAUUGCGUUGUCCAAAAAUGAUUCCUAUGUUAUGUCUGCAUCUGGUGGCAAAGUCUCUUUGUUCAAUAUGAUGACGUUCAAGGUCAUGACUACGUUCAUGGCACCUCCACCUGCUGCGACUUUCCUCGCAUUCCACCCACAGGACAAUAAUAUUAUUGCUAUAGGAAUGGAGGACUCGACCAUUCAAAUCUACAAUGUCCGUGUUGAUGAGGUCAAAAGCAAGCUCAAGGGUCAUCAGAAAAAGAUUACCGGACUGGCAUUUUCUCAAUCAAUGAAUGUUCUUGUAUCUUCAGGUGCUGAUGCUCAGCUAUGUGUCUGGAGCAUUGAUGGUUGGGAGAAGAAGAAAUCAAAAUAUAUCCAACCCCCGGCAAAUCGCUCUGGUGCUUUAGUUGGCGAUACAAGGGUCCAGUUUCACAAUGACCAAACACAUCUUCUUGUAGUUCAUGAGAGCCAACUGGCAAUCUAUGAUGGAAAUCUUGAAUGCUCGCGCUCGUGGUACCCAAGAGAUGCACUGCCAGCGCCAGUUUCGAGUGCAAUAUACUCGUGUGAUGGUCUCCUUGUUUACGCUGGUUUCUGUGAUGGUGCUAUUGGAGUAUUUGAAGCCGAGUCCCUUAGGUUGCGUUGCAGGAUUGCACUUUCCGCCUAUGUGCCUCCUUCAAUAUCUAGCGGGGCAAGUGUGUACCCCAUGGUUGUAGCGGCGCAUCCCUUGGAGCCUAACCAGAUUGCAGUUGGAAUGAGUGAUGGGGCAGUUCAUGUGGUUGAGCCACUGGACGCGGACCCAAAGUGGGGAGUCGCGCCUCCCCAGGAUAACGGAGCCCACCCGUCCAUGUCAUCAGCUCCAGCAGCAUCUAACAACCAGACGUCUGAUCAGCCAACGAGAUGACUCAGGCCACUAAACAAUGGUAGGACUCUAGGAGAUAGGGAGAAAGAAAACAGUUAGAUUCAUGAGACAAGGUGAGGUGAUAUGUAUCAAUUCCACACCAUCUCCUUGCUACAGGUGGUGAUUGAUGAUGGCAUGUCUAGAUUAGUUUUUGGUUCCUGGUUGUUUUUUUGCCCCCAAAAUCUUAACCUUCUCACCUGGUGCCCUCUUCCUUUGUAAAGCUUUUCCUGCUCCCAGCUAGUGGUGGUUACUUAGAAGCCGUUAUUUGUUUUUAUUUAUUUAUGCCCCUUUAUUUGUGGGGGUAGUUACUUUGUAGUGUAAAAUAUGUUUGUCAUGUUGGAUGAUGAUGAUAUUUGCUUCGCUCGUUGCUGCCGAUUCGAUUGGCUAUUUAGCUUA